GAUCUCCUCCCGCCCCCGGGACGCGCGCCGCGCAGCUGAGCGGAGCGCAGCGCCGGCGCGCCAUGGGGAGCCCCGCACUCCGGCCCGCGCUGCUGCUGCUGUUGCCUCUGCUGCUACAAGUCCCGCCGAGCCGCGGCUUCCCAGGAUCUGGAGAUUCACCGCUAGAAGAUGAUGAAGUCGUGUAUUCAGACGCUAAAUAUAAAGACAUCCCGUGGUGCUCCCCCAUCAAGGUGAAGUACGGGGAUGUGUACUGCAGGGCCCCUCAAGGAGGAUACUACAAAACAACCCUGGGAACCAGGUGUGACAUCCGCUGCCAGAAGGGCUAUGAGCUGCAGGGCUCUCCCCAGGUGAUCUGCCAGUCAAACAAACGGUGGUCGGACAAGGUCAUCUGCAAACAAAAGCGAUGUCCUACCCUUGCCAUGCCAGUGAAUGGAGGGUUUAAGUGCAUCGAUGGUGCCUACUUUAACUCCCAGUGUGAGUACUAUUGCUCGCCAGGAUACACGCUGAAAGGGGAGCGGACAGUCAGGUGUAUGGACAACAAGGCCUGGAGUGGCCAACCAGCCACCUGUGUUGAUCUCGAACCUCCUAGAAUCAAGUGUCCAAGUGUGAAGGAACGCGUUGCAGAACCCAACAAGCUGACAGCCCGAGUGUCCUGGGAGACGCCCGAGGGAAGAGACACAGCAGAUGGCAUUCUCACUGAUGUUAUUCUAAAAGGCCCACCCCCAGGCUCGCAUUUUCCAGAAGGAGACCACAAGAUCCAGUACACAGUCUAUGACAGAGCCGAGAACAAGGGCACUUGCAAAUUUCGAGUUAAAGUAAGAGUGAGACGCUGCGGCAAGCUCCAUGCCCCGGAGAAUGGCUACAUGAAGUGCUCCAGUGACGGCGAUAAUUACGGGGCCGUGUGUGAAUUCUCCUGCGUCGGAGGCUACGAGCUCCAGGGGAGCUCUGCCCGAGUAUGUCAGUCCAACCUGGCUUGGUCUGGCGCUGAACCCACCUGCACAGCCAUGAAUGUCAAUGUCGGCGUGAGAACAGCAGCUGCACUUUUGGAUCAGUUUUAUGAGAAAAGAAGACUGUUCAUUGUGUCCACCCCCACAGCCCGAAACCUCCUCUACCGGCUGCAGCUGGGGUUGCUACAGCAAGCACAAUGUGGCCUGGAUCUUCGACACAUCACUGUAGUGGAGCUGGUAGGGGUGUUCCCGACCCUCAUCGGCAGGAUAGGAGCAAAGGUGAUGCCUCCAGCCCUGGCCCUGCAGCUCAGGCUGUUGCUGCGAAUUCCACUCUAUUCCUUCAGCAUAGUGGUACUGGAUAAACAUGGCGUGGACAAGGAGCGCUACGUCUCCCUGGUGACGCCUGUGGCCCUCUUCAAUCUGAUCGACACUUUCCCCCUGAGAAAAGAGGAGAUGGUCCUGCAAGCAGAAAUGGGCCAGACCUGUAACACCUGAUGGUCUGUGGCUUCUCUCAGUAGUGCCUCUUCUCGCUACAUCGAGCUACACGCACAGAAAGGCCUGAAAUAUAUCCUUGAUGUACAGAUUUUUAUUUGUAAUUUUUAAAGUCUAUUUUAUUAUUAUAAGCUUUCUUGGCACUUAAAAAUUUUACACUGCUUUUUGUACUUUGUACCAAAAACUGAAUAUACUUACUCUCUUAAUUCCAUCAUGGCUGGUUACUUUGGUAGAGAAACUAGAAACUACAACUAUAUACAGGCUUCCCAUGCAUUUAUACAGUGUGACAAGUACGUAUCUUCUGUUUUAUAUAAAACUUACUAAUAAAAUAUUUUAGAGCAAA